AUGGAUAAUGAUGGCGCAGAUGUGAAAGGUCGGGAAGAUGAGUCACAAAGAUGUCUCCCCCUUAAGAAAAGGCAUCCAACCUGCGCUCGAUGCCGAAACCACGGACUCGUCGUGGACCUCAAAGGCCACAAGCAUUUAUGCGAGUACCGUGACUGCCUCUGCACUCGAUGUAACCUUGUGAUUCAACGACGGGUAGUGAUGGCGAAGCAGGUAGCCCUAAGUCGAGAGCAGUUGAAGCAACAGAGACAAGAUCACUGUACAUCUCAACAGCUACAGGUCAGUCAAGGUUCCUCACAGGGUAUACCAUCGUCUCCAACAGUUAUUGAUCUCAUAUCUGAAGGUACAAGGUCAGAGGAGAGGGCGAAUUCCGUCGUUCAACUUUCACCGGAUUCGACAAAUGUCGAAUACAAUGGUCCAUAUUCUUCUUGGGACUCGCCUCCGAUGAAUUUGUCACAGCCGACACAAAUGACGUUGACUCCUCAGAAUGUUUCAAGCCAAGCUUCGCGGUCAUCUCCCACAUCUUUCCAAGCAGUUCAGGAAAGCGAAACGUUUAGACCAGGAAUGGUCUUCUUCACAAGCCCUUCGAAUAGAUCGUUACACCCCGUGGUACCUUACCAAUCUAGUGCCCCGAGAAUUGUCUCUAACAACGACAAUAUCCCCGGAGCUUCGGCCUUUAUCAACUAUGCGUCGUCUCAAGGCAAUUUUGACCACGCGCUAGAGUACUCUCCCACGUCAUAUCACACGCCUCAAUUAAAUGAAAUGUAUCGACCCCAGCCUUUAGUCGGUGCCAACCAAAUGCCAAGACCAUUCGUACCAAGUCCCGCCAUACAGAUGGCAUCUAACGAAUCUAUCAACCAACAUAUUGGAUAUAUUCCCAGUCAAACGGCAACCUAUUCCGCCAACCUUUCGUCAGCUCAUGGUGUUACAGGACAAACGUCAGAGUAUCCCGCCAACCAUUUGUUCGCUCAUGGUGUUACAGGACAAAUAGCAGCCUCGUCCGCCAACCAUUUGUUAGCUGAGGGUGUUUCAGGACAAGCAUCAGAGUAUUCCGCCAACCAUAUGUUAGCUCAUAGUGUUACAGGACAAACGACAGCCUAUACCGCCAACCAUUUGUUAGCUCAUGGUGUUACAGGACAAACGGCAGCCUAUUCCGCCAACCAUUUGGCUCAGGGUGUUACAGGACAAGCAUCUGAGUAUUUCGCCAACCAUUCGUCAGCUCAUGGUGUUUCAAGAGAAAUAGAGUUUCAUCCAAGAUCAACAUUCCAUUCAUCACUGGUAGAUGAGACGUACCGGUGCCAAGUAUCGAUAACUUCAAAUUAUCCAACUGGACCAGCUUUCCAUUGUCCCGUGGUGCCACAUCAACCAUUUGACGCAGUCUCUGCAUAUCGCGAUAGUUACAUGUUGGCAAACUCACGGGUGGCUUCUAGCUCCGCCAUGCAUAUCGAUUCAAUGUCGGAGACCCAACCGCCUUCAGAGGAAGCAACAGACCUGUCUAAUAUUCCGUACUGUCAAGUUAAAGAGCAUGCGGACCUGCUGCAUCAGACACCGCUUUCAAGUUCGUUACGGGUAUCAUCAUUCGUAAACCAAUCAGCACAAAACUUCAUGCCUGCCCAAGAAUAUUACAGCAAUCCAGAUAGAUAUCCAUCAUGCUCUUUGCCAGCAGAUUCGGCAACAGCAGCGUAUUUAUUUCAAACAGGAGGUAGAGCUAUGUUAUCUUCUGAGAGUGAUAACUCAUUCCAGGGUGCCGACUUUACGAGACGGCCCCAAAUCGAUACAACACCACUGCAACCAGAAGACACCCCUCUGAAUCACGCUGACUUUUCUUCUAGGUCAGUACCUUUAACUACAACACAGCAAGAAAUCGCGGUUAAUAUUUCAAAAGAACCAACCUACAAAUCUCGUCGACCUUUUCCUCUUCGGAUCACCAUCCCAUCCCUGAAUCUAUCAGAUAGAUUCAACGACAGUCUGUCUCCAAGUCCCAUGGACCCAUCGCCAACUUUCACACCAUCAAACUUAAGCAUUCUCACUAACACCUCUCUGCCGACAAGUGAUAUUCCGUCUCCUGGAUUCUUUACUGCGUCUCUCCCUUCAUUCAACUACCCAUCUCCGACGAUGCCCACUCAGAGCUCUCCCGUCUUUAGUUACCCAUCUCCUUACACCAACCCCUCUAAGCAUGCAGGAUUGCCGUCUUUCCAAAGUCUGACGGAAUCGAUUUUACCUGUGACGCAAAGCAGCCUGUUGCCUUCAAAUUUCGCGGAGAAGGUUCGGAUCCCGCCGAAAUAUGACGAAGACUUUGAAAAUGAUUACGAGAGUGACGAAAUUGACGUUUGCUCCUUGAACCAUUAUGCUCAGUGAAAAAGUCGAAUUUUUGAAGGCUUUCAUAUCCAUUAUAGUCUGCCUGUCAACCAAUGAAUUUGUCGAAUUUUGUAAGAUAUUUGUAUCUUCACAUAGCUGAGAGAGAGAGAGUAAGGUACAUAGAAUAAGAUGAAGAUUCUCCGCUUUAAAAGUCUUAUAUUAUGCUUUUUGCUUGCCAUCCAAUGAAUUUGACGAAUUUCAUUUACAUAAUUGAGAGAGUAUGACAUGCAUAAUGUAAGAGGAAUACAAAGAAUAAUUUGAGUUUGUCAUGCUAAAAGCAGCACGUUUAUCGCCGGCAUGUAAAAUCAUCCUUAAAUAAUAAAAAAAAUGUUUCUUGUAUUUUGAAAGUCGAAAAUGGGCUUCUGGCCAAAUUCAAAUCCGUGAUAUAAAAAUAUACAAUUUAAAGUUAAAAAUAAACUUUAACCUUUUUUUUCAAAAUUCAUCUGUUUGU